GGUGAGUGCAGCGUAAUUCCUGGCUGGAGGGUGGAAGAGCGCCGACCGAAGAAGGAACCGCGUGUUACACAGCAGAAGGUCACUCAGGUUGGGUUGUGCUGGGGAGAAGAAUUCUGAGAAGCAACAAUGGACCAAGCAAGGUCAACAAUAUCCAAGAUUUUUAAUGGGGAGCCCCACUCCUACACACGAUUCAACUUGACCCAGAAUAUGGAGGGUGACAACAGUCAGGUGGAGAUGAAGCUGUCAUCUGAAAUAGAUGAGGAGACUGGGGGAAAUGGCGUUGGCGGCCACCUGAAUCACAACUCAAAUUGCACACCCUAUGUGGCUCAAAAGUUUGGACGUACACCCAAGAACCUCUGCUUUAUGGCAGCUACAAUCUUCCUCAUCUUCAUCAUCGGCUAUUUGAUUGGCUACCUGGUCCAUCGGAAUAAGGAUUUGGCUCCCACCUGUGCAACCUCUGCUCUCCGCUAUGAAGACGUUUCUGUCGCCCAUGAGACCGGUGCUGCUCCCCUCAUGGACUGGGAUGAUGUAAAAAAGCUUCUUGCUGAAAAACUGACUACAUCCAGUAUGGACGCUGUCCUUGGUCAGCUGACCAGUAGCAACCACCGGGCUGGUUCUCCUGGUGAUGAAGAUCUGGGGAACAAGGUGAUAACAAAGUUUAAGGAGUACGGCAUGAAGACCUGGACUGAUGAGCACUUUGUCAAGGUUCAGGACCCCCCAGCAUCUGGAUACAACAGAAUAGUUUUCAAGAACGGAUCAGAGGAACGUCCAACGGGUUUCCUGUCCUACAGCGCCAAUGGAACAGCAAGGGGUGCAGUGCUGUAUGCCCAUUAUGGACAGGAAGAUGACUUGAGGCAGUUAAAGGACAUGAACAUCGACAUGAAUAACAGGGUGAUGCUGGUCAGAGCUGGAAAAAUCAGCUUUGCUGAGAAGGUAGCCAAUGCAGCCAAAGUGAACGCCUCUGCUGUGCUGAUCUACCCAGACCCUGCUGAUUACUCGAUCGGCGAGAGCACUCCACUCUUUGGACAUGUCCACAUGGGCUCUGGGGAUCCCUACACCCCAGGCUUCCCCUCCUUCAACCACACCCAGUUUCCACCUGUGCAGUCUUCAGGCCUGCCAAAUAUUUUGGCUCAGACUAUCACAACAGGCAUGGGAAUGAACAUUCUGAGGCAGCUCGGGGGUAGAACUCAGCCAAAUGGUUGGGGGAGCAUCAAUAGACUCGGAGAUGAGAGCGAUGUUAUUACUGUGGAAGUCAACAAUGUCCUUACUGAGAAAAGGAUAAAUAAUGUCUUUGGGGUCAUCAAAGGCUUUGUGGAUGCAGAUCGAUACGUGGUCAUUGGGGCCCAGAGGGAUGCGUGGGGCCCGGGCUUUGGAGCAUCAACCGUGGGCACCAGCGUCCUCGUCGAGCUGGCGCGUUCCAUCUCUGACAUGGUGGAGAACGAUGGAUUCAAACCGAGGAGGAGUAUUGUGUUUGCGAGCUGGAGUGCGGGAGAGUAUGGGAGUGUUGGCGCCACCGAGUGGUUGGAGGGUUAUCUGUCCUCUCUGAGCAUGAAAGCAUUCACCUACAUCAACCUGGACGGCAUUGUGACAGGUCAGAAUGGGUUUAAAGUAGCAGCCAGCCCGUUGCUGCACAGCCUGGUCCAAAACGCUCUGAAAGAGGUGAACUAUGACAAGGACAAGUCUCUUCUUUCUCAGUUUGGAAAGAACAACUGGGAGUCUGCUAUUCUGGAGCCUCUGAGGAUGGACAGUGCUGCGUAUCCUUUCCUCGCCUUCUCCGGCAUUCCCUCAGUCGCUUUCAGAUUCCACUCUGGAAGUUCAGACUACCCGCACUUUAGCACAAACCUGGACACCCGAGAAAACCUGAACUCUGUCACAGCCAGCCAGGUUCCUCAGCUGGCUGUGAGAGCGGGCCAGUUUGCAGGUCACAUAGCACUGAGGCUGGUCCAUGACCACCUGCUGCAGAUGGACCUGAAGAAGUACAACCAGCUCAUACGCAGCCACGUGGUUCAGAUUAAUGGGAAGGUCAAGGCUGUUCAGAGGAUGCAGCCCCAGCUGUUGCCCAAAGCUCUGACAGUGAAGUGGUUGAUCAUGGCCUCUGGCUCCUACAGCCGUGCCUCUAGCGCGCUGGCAGCCGACAUCCAGAACAGCGACCUGGAGGACAUCGAGAUGUGCCGCGUGAUCAAUGACCGCAUCAUGACGGUGGAAAGGAACUUCCUGUCACCCUACGUUUCUCCCAGAGACAGCCCCUUCCGUCACAUCCUGCUGGGCUCUGGUCCCCACACCCUCAAAGCUCUGACCAACCACCUCGACUCUUUGACGACUGCCAACCCCGACGCAGACGCCAAGCUGUUCCGCAACCAGUUUGCCCAGGCGACCUGGACCAUUCAGACCUGUGCCAACUCCCUAGCAGGGGACAUCUGGUCUCUGGAUAAUGAAAUCUAGAAAAGUCCUUUUCCCUCCCUCGUUCAUGGUUUGGCCCUCUUAUUACAACAGGCAGUGCUGUUGUGAUUAAUCACCACGUUUUCAGCAGAUAUCUACAAAGUCAUCAUAUCAUUUCCACGAUGUUCAUUUUCCUUUUAUCUAAAAUUCUCUUAAAGCCAAACAUGUUGCAAAGUGGUUUGUAAGCCUUCUGCCUUAAAAGGACUUAACCCUCUAAGAAUCUUGAAUUUGAACAUGUGGUAUUUAGUUAUCACAGUCUUAAAUCACAUGGUGCUAGUAAUGUCAACAAAUGUUAUGUGGAAGUACUACUUUAAAUUGGUGUUACCUCUGAAUGAGUUGGAUUUUUUUUUUCUUUAAUUCCAGAACAGUAUCAGGUCAGAAUCACAGUAAAGACUGUGUUUGCCAGCUCAGAUCUUUAGACCGCAGUAUGAUAACAAUAAGCUAAUGACUUUGUAUUUGUUUACCACGAGGCAAACUGCUGGUAUUUCUGCUACUGCUGCUGCGGCUUGGUGUUCAAACCUGAGCUGGUUUCUAUUGGUAGCUAAAAUAUCCCAUACUGUGCUGAUUCUGCUACACAACUCAAGUCAGAAAAUAGAUGCAGCUGCUGAAAGAAGUGCAGAUUGAUUUACAGCAUGCAGCAGCAACAGUGCGCACAGAUUUGGAAUAAUCGUCUACUUUAAAUGGGGGAAAAAAGUCCUAAUUAUAUGCAAGAAUUGAAUUAAAACAAAAAAAAAAACAAAGUGGUCUGAAUCAAAUACGAAACACAUUUUUUGGCUUUGGAGCUAAUCUGUGCAGCCCUGUCAAAGCAGGGGAAAAGGUCCUCAACCAUGUGGCACUGAAACAGAAACCGUAUGUUUAUUUAUUGUGUUAUUUAUUUAUCAGUGGCAGGGUUCACUAUAAAUAGUUUUUAUUCACGUUUUAUAUAAAAAAAGUAUAAUUAUCGGGGGCAGUGUCUUCCAUAAUUAUGACAGUUAUACUGUCGAAAUGACAAAAGCAGCAUCUGCUAAAAGAAGUGUACAUGUGCACCGACAGCUGGUACACAACAGUUUUUCUUUCCCCUCUGUCAACUGACACUGAACUGGUCUCUGAGCAAUGCCAGCUCACACAUCACACCUGACAAUAUUUACCCGUACCUGUCCUUUGGUGCAUGUACACUUCUCAUCUUGAUGGCAUUAUCGGGAGCAGUGAUUUCCAUAAUGUGAAAAACAGAAGGUAGUUUUUGCCUACCAGUGUGUGCCGUAUCGGAGGCAGUGCCCUCCAUAUUUCACUGUAGGGGUGGAUGUUUUUUAUUAUCGGGGACAGUGUUUCCCAUAAUGUGUGUAUAUAUAGUACAAAGCUACACAUCGCACACGUUUGCAUCUUUGCAAUCCCAUCUGGCGUUCCAAGCUGACUUCUUCAGCGUUCCUCUCUAGACAGGCAGGUUAGCGCCCAGAGCACCUGAUCACAGAUCAGUGUCUGUGUCAUUAGUGAGGCCAAGCAGCUGAUGUGCUUGUUUUUAGUGAGACGGUCUGUUUUGAAGCGAACGCUGGUCUGCUCUGGUCUUUUCUUUGCAUAUGGAAGGUGUCUUUGCUUUAAGGAAAGCACAAAUGUGUAAUGUGGUUACAACAGCGUGUCUCCAUAAUCAGCCCCCACUCUGUGUUAUGGAUUUAGUCUAAUGAAUUAAAGUUCAUUGUACCUUCUCCUUUGAUGAAUUCACUGAGAUUUCCUUGUGCCUCUUCUUUUGUGUCUGAGCUGACGAAUACUUGGAUUGUUUCGUUUUCAUGUAUCAGGGUUCAGUUUAUUUUAUUUUUUUUUUCCUGUUUCUCUAAGAGUCAAACUGGUGUUAAAACAGAGUUGCUAGACAGAAAACAAAUGGAUGCGAGUCCAUUUCAAAUGACUGAAAGCAGGAUUCUGUCCAAAACCCAUCUGACUGAUUGUAGUUCAUCAAACUUGUUAACAUGAUGCAUUAACCAUUCGUCAUUUGAGUGAUUUUACCUUAAUCCUGUUGGUUUAUAAUGAGGCAGGUUCUGGAAAUUGCAACUCCAUUUUCAGCACUGGCUUGUAAGAAUUAGCAGAUGAGUUUUGGAUCAAAGGGGGAAAAUGUAACCCUUGUUAAAGAAUGUUUGAAAAUGCUCGAUUAUUAUUGUGCGUGGUUUUCUUUUCUUUGUUCUUUUUCCUUUCUCUCAAACUGUGCGCACAUUUGCUUUGCUUUAUUUCAGUUGUUUUGUUUCAUUGCUGCAAUAAACAAUCACAGCUA